UUUCUCUCCACUUCUUGCAGCAGCAAAGGAACCCCUCUCUCUUUACCAGUCCAACUUCUUUUACAUUACCUACACUUGUCGCGUGUGCGCUCUCUCUCUCUUUCUCUUUCUCUUUCUCUCUCUACCUCUCCAAUUCUACAGACGAAGAAGAAAAAAACAAAGAGCGACCAAUCAGUAUCUCUAUACUCUUGCUACUACCACUACCACUACCAAUACAUACACACACACACCCCCACUCACUUAAACUCUGUACAAUGGCUGAAGAAUACGACUACGAAUCUCUUGGAAACAACACUUCGAUGGGCCAGAAUGCCCUUGCUGGUGCCUUAGCCGGUGUCGCUGAGCAUUGUGCCAUGUAUCCUGUCGACUCUAUCAAGACGCGAAUGCAAGUCAUUCAGAGUGGACGACCACCUGUUCCUGUCAAUCCGACGACAGUCGCUCAGCAUCCAUCACUUAAAACUGCGUCGAGGAAUCUUUGGCGCGGUGUCAACUCGGUCGUAUUGGGCGCCGGCCCCGCCCAUGCCUUACAUUUUGCAACCUACGAAUACUGCAAAGAAGCAUUUGUUGGCGACGGCCACCACGCACUUGGAUUUGCUGCUGCCGGUGCAUGUGCGACCUUGGCACACGACGGUCUUAUGAAUCCCUUUGAUGUGGUGAAGCAACGGAUGCAACUCCGCGAUUCCACAUACAGAUCUGUCCGAGAGUGCGCACGACAGGUCUAUGCCAAGGAAGGCCUCGGUGCAUUCUACAUCUCGCUGCCAACAACCCUCGCCAUGUCCGUCCCCUUCCAAUCCAUCCAGUUCGCAAGCUAUGAAUUCUUCCGCAAAUAUCUAAACCCGGACGGCCAGUACGACCCCAAAACCCACGUUAUUGCCGGCGGUCUCGCAGGCGCGAUUGCUUCCUCCAUCACCACUCCUCUCGACGUCGCUAAAACGCUUUUGCAGACCCGUGGUCACAGUCUUGACCCUCGCAUUCGCAAUGCCACCGGUUUCUGGGAUGCCAUGAGCAUCAUCAAACAGCGUUAUGGUAUGCGGGGUUUCUUCAGAGGCUACAAGCCCCGUGUGCUGACCAACAUGCCCAGUGCCGCCAUCAGCUGGAGCGUCUACGAAUACUUCAAAUGGUUUUUGGAUACCCACGAGUCGGCUAAGAAAGUCUCGCAAGACAAGAGUCUCAUUCGUCUCUAAAAAAAAAGAAACCGUUUCCAUAUCCUAUCCCGUCAUCACCAAACCGUCUCUCUCCACUUUUUCUCAAAACAUCACCACUACAACCAACCAACCAACCACCCAUCCACUUUUUCUAAUAUCUCUGUACCAUAGUUGUUUUCUUGGAUUUUACCCUCUUUUCUCUAGCUUUUGUACAUACUUUUUUCUUACUUUUAUACAAGCAGUUUUUUAUAACAUGAUGA